CUCCUCCUCCUCCUCCUCCUCUUCCUCCUCCUCCUCGCCGCCCUGCACCGCCCGGGGGCUCCCCCCGCGUCCGUCCGUCCCCCGCUAUGGGCCGGGCGCGGGGCGCCGGUCCGCCGGGCGGCUGCCGCAGCAGCGAGGGCCGGGGGCUCCUCGUCGUGGGGAAGGGACUGUCCAGAGGUUCCACAAAUCAGUGUCUUUCCGAGAAAAGUGGAGAGUCUCUUCCAGCAGUUUUUGAGAGAAAUGUGCAGGAAGCCAUCAGCAAUUAUACUUGUGAAACACUUUCAUCGCUUCCAUCUAGUGGUUGUACAACACCCACGGAGUUGAAUAAUUCUUGGUCUGGAAUAAACAGCUAUACUACUGGUUUGUCUACUGAAAGAAGUUCAGUUUACUCCUGGAGGGAUGAUGAAUUUGAUAAAGCCAACACACAGAGAGUGCAUCAGUUAUUUUGGGAGAUUGAUGAAUUGCUGUUUGAAGGAAAAGUGACCUCCCAAACUCAGAGCCUGCAGGCAGAAUGUGCAGACUGGGUUGAACAAUUUCCUCAUCUAAGGGUUCUAGGAAAGCAGCUCCUACUGCCAAAGGACGAAGGCUUUCAGCAUUUUCAGAGCAGAAGUGAUACCUCUGUGGAUACUAAGUGUUUAUCCGGCCUCCAUGAAUGUACUAGUAAUAUAAAAGAGCUCUGCAUUUCAGGCUCCAAACUGAUCCCAACAGCAUCUCCAAUACGUAAAUCACUAGAUUCAAGCUCCACUAGGAUUUCUGCCUCUGCCUCAUCCAUGUAUUCAUUCCUGGAAGAAGAAAUCUAUGAUGUGGAUGGAAAAAUAGAAGAAUAUUUUGCCUUUGACAACAAGGAGCUUGAUGAUGAGAGUUGGGAACAAAAGAAAAUGCAUCUUGCUGAGAAGAGGAGUAAGCGUGGCAUUCCCCCGGUUUCUCCCAAUGCCUGUAUCAAAGAUGCCGUGGCUUCUGACGUAUUUGAUUGUAUCUGGAGCAAUGUAAUUGCAAUAUUGGAUGAACUGAUUAAAAAAAAUUGGGAAACUAGUAUCACAGAGUGUGACAAACAGGUGGAAAAACUGAAAGCUGUUACAGCAAAGCUGCCACAUUUGCCAGUCAUUCGUAUUACAGCAGAUGCUGGGAGUGUUCCUCUUUCCAGAGGCUCUGAAGCACGAAGUGUAUCUUUUGGGUCUCAUUUUGUUUCCUCGCAGGUUCACCGUUUCUCCAGCAACUUCUGUAGUAAUUUGAAUGGUGUGAUGACAAUUCAAGCAAAACCGCUCCAACAGAGGCAUGUUGCCACAGUAGAAAAAAUACAGAAUGAGCAAGAAGAUAAACAGCAUAGCAUUGGCUCCAGUGCUCCAAAUUCAGUGCAUGCUAGGUUGGGGAGAAUUGCUGAUAACAGUAUUCUCUCAUCAUCUCGGGUACUGCUGGCAUCUUCUAGGAAGCUACCAAGCCAUCAUAGGUUACCUUCUCUCACUUCUGACCAACUCUCCUCAAAAGCUCCUAAUGUGUACAAUGAUGAAAUCCUUAGGGGGACUAAAUUGGGUGCCAGCUUGGAUCGUUUAUCUUCUGCUCGUGCACCUACAACCUGGAACAAGUUACCGCCAAUAAACUCAGAGGCUGUUGAACAAUAUCUUUCAGUACCUCGAUUGCAACAGAGCUGUCAUCGAGGAUGGUAUGCUCAUAGCAGAGUGUCAAGUGCAGUGCCUGGCAGCACAGAGCAGCGGCCACUCAGAGAAAGAACUGUUAUUAUUGAUCAAGUUUCAAGGCCCAACACAACUCAUACAUUCAGGGUAUGUUACAAUACAGACACACUUCAGAAGAGAUCACUGACUCCCAUGGAUUUUGCUAACCACAGAGGGACAGGUCAAGGAUUUUUAAUAGGCUCACAGCAUUACUACAGAUCCUUUCAGAGAAAUCCUCCAGCCUCAAGGAAGAGAUUUCAGAUUGCUUCUUAACCCAGCUUAGGAAGAUACAGAAACCCCCUGCACUCAAUGGGAGACUGAAGUGCUAAAUUUGCCAGCUACUAUCUUGUGUAACAAAGAACGUGCAGUAUGCUGGUUUCUGCUGAGCCUUGCAAUCCUCAGGAUGCCUUCAUUGCCUUCUUUUAAAGUUGUCUGACCAGCGGUUAGAUUGAAAAUUAGAGCAAACGAAGUAAAUGGUUGAGGUGUCUGCUCUGUUUGCAGCGUCAGGAUGCUGCUGCUGCUGCUGCUGCACUUUCUUCUCAGGCAUUCCUCCUUUUUCUGUCUUUCCUUAGGGAAUUGUUAUUGUACCUACAGAAGCAAGUAAGUUAUGUUUAGGCCAUGAAGUCCUGUUCCUACUUUUUGACGUUUCCUCAGUGUUAAAGAUGUUCUAGCCUAUCCAAACUUCAGUCAUAUAUAAAAUUUAUACUUCUAAACAGGAGUUUGUGGUAUCUCCUCUUUAACUGCUGUUUUAACAUUCCUCCGUUUUUCAGUCUGUCUGCUUAUUGCAGUUGUUCUCUGGUAAGUAUUGUCUGUCGCUUUUUCUUCUUCCUUUAAUUCUUUUGAGAUGGAAUUCAUUCAUUGCUUCUACUUGCAGUGUUCUAAUCAUCAGUAGCUAUGGGAACUGCUGGGAUAAACUGUGUUUACAGGAGGUAAUGUUUUCCUUGCCGGGCCAAACAUUUUUAUAGGUGCUGAGCAAUUGAACCUGCAUGCUGACAAGUCGGUAAGGCUGUUCCCAUUUCUUGAGAUUUCUUAUAAAAUAUUACAAUAAUAACAAUAUAAUAUAACAAUUAUAACAAUAAAAUAAUAACAAUAAUUGUUAUUGUACAAAUUUGUCAUAUUUUGAAAUAUCUGAGCCUUCAAACUUUUAAUAUGAAAACUUAACUGAUGAAAGCAUUAUUUUAUACCUCUUUGUGUAGACCCAAAUGGGAAGAUCAGAUUGGAGAUUGGGAUUGCAUUCUGCCCAAAGAUUACAGCCCUGAUCAGGUCCCUGGCUAUUAGUACUGUGUGCCUUCACAGUCAGGGAUUCGUCCUUCUAUCAGAAAGCCAGCAGUUUAAGUAAAUGUGGUUGAAGAGCUGUUGAAGGGGAAAGGGAGGAGGAGAAAAAUUAUUUGCCCAAAUUGUGCAGUUAAGAGUAGAAUUGGUUUCUUCUACUUGGGAACUAAUACCAGUUCUCCUCACUUCUUUUUAUGAAUGUUCAAGGAUUGGUAAUCCAAGGCAAAGCAUUUGUAAUGUAUGUUUUAUAUCUGUACUGUUAAUCAGAUUUCUGGUUUUUGUAAAUAGUCAUCAAGCACUGCAUUCUUAUGAGUAAAUGAAAGCAUUUUUAAAUUA